AUGAGCAACGUCAAGAGGAGAAAGACGACGCAUGAUGGGGCCGGGAAGAAACGCAUGACGGAGACGGCGGCGUCGCCGGUCUCGACGGAAGAAUCGGCGACGGUUGAUGGCCUCACCGAGGAUGCUCCUCCUCCAGCGAACUCCCCCUCCGAAGACUCGGCCUCCGAAGACGCGUCCGAGGGAUCUCGCAAGACGUUCAAGGAUCUGGGAAUCGUCGACUCGCUCUGUGAGGCCUGCGCCGCGCUCGGCUACAAGUUCCCGACGCCGAUCCAGGAAAAGUCGAUCCCCGUGGCGCUGCAGGACCGCGACAUCAUCGGUCUUGCCGAGACGGGUAGCGGAAAGACAGCGGCGUUCGCCCUGCCCAUGCUGCAGGCCCUUCUCGACAAGCCGCAGCCGCUCUUCGGCCUCGUCUUGGCACCGACGCGCGAGCUCGCCGCCCAGAUCGGGCAGCAGUUUGAAGCCCUGGGCUCGAUCAUCUCCCUCCGCUGCGCCGUCAUCGUCGGUGGCUUGGACAUGGUCCCUCAGUCGAUCGCGCUCGGUAAGAAGCCGCACGUCAUCGUCGCCACCCCCGGCCGCCUCGUCGACCACCUCGAGAAGACCAAGGGCUUCUCCCUCCGCACGCUCAAGUACCUCGUCAUGGACGAGGCCGACCGGCUGCUCGACAUGGACUUCGGACCGGCCAUCGACCGGCUGCUCAAAUUCAUCCCGCGCGAGCGUCGCACCUACCUCUUCUCCGCCACCAUGAGCUCGAGGAUCGAGAGCCUGCAGCGGGCGAGCCUGAGGGACCCGGUCAAGGUCAGCAUCAGCUCCAACAAGUACCAGACUGUCUCGACCCUCCUGCAGCACUACGUCUUCAUCCCCCAGGUCCGGAAGGACACCUAUCUCAUCUAUCUCGUCAACGAGUUCGCCGGCAAGUCGACCAUCAUCUUUACCCGCACCGUCUUCGAAACCCAGCGGGUAGCCAUCCUGCUGCGCACCCUAGGCUUCGGCGCCAUCCCGCUGCAUGGACAGCUUUCCCAGUCCUCGCGACUGGGCGCUCUCAACAAGUUCCGAGCGGGCACGCGCGACAUCCUCGUGGCGACCGACGUCGCCGCUCGCGGCCUCGACAUUCCCAAGGUCGACGUCGUCCUCAACUUUGACCUACCGCAAGACUCCAAGACGUACAUCCACCGUGUUGGCCGUACGGCACGUGCCGGCAAGUCGGGCAUCGCCCUCAGCUUAGUCAGCCAGUACGACGUCGAGAUUUUCCAACGCAUCGAAGCGGCCAUGGGCAAGAAGCUGGACGCGUUCCCGACGGAAAAGGAAGAGGUCAUGACCUUCCAGAGCAGAGUAGAGGAGGCCCAGCGGCAUGUGAGGACGGAGAUGAAGGCCUUGACGGAGAGCCGUGAGAAUCGCGGCAGGACCGGCAGGCCGGGCCGGGGUCGUGACAAGCGACGGAGAGAUGAUCAGGACAGGGAGGAAGGCUGA